CAUUACAUCAUCAACAGCCGACCUUUGACCCUUCGUCGCUGAGACCAUGUGUCGUCUGUCGAUGACCUCGCUCCUCGCCUGUCUCUGGUUGAUGACGGGGAGUUGCCAGGGCAACGGCAGCCUCCAGGACAGCAUGAGCCAGCUGCACACAGAGUUCGCCGUCAGCCUCUACCAAACGCUCACAGAGACGGAGAACAACUCCAACCUGAUCGUGUCUCCCGUGAGCGUGUCUCUGUCCCUGGGGCUGCUGCAGCUGGGAGCGCGCCGGAACACCCUGGCUCAGCUGGAGGCGGGGCUAGGCUACAACGCCAACGACGUGCAGGUGCAGAACUUCCUGUUGCGGUCACAGGGGGACGUGGGUAAUUCCAGUCAGGGUGUGCGGCUACGUCACUCCAGCUCCUUAUUCGUCCAAAGCGGCGUUCAACUGCUGACCGAGUUUACCCAGCAUGCAUCAGCCUGGGGCAACAGCAGUCUGGCCCGGGCCAACUUCAGCCAGCCCAACCACACCCGCAACCAGCUGGACCAGUGGGAACGAAACCAUGGCAACGACGAGACGCUACCCCUCCAGCCUGGUGAGUCCAGGGAGCUGUCGGGCUCGGGCGAGGCCCAGGGCGAGGCCUCCUGGUGGGGUCAGCGGCCGCAGAUGGCCCUGGUCACCAGGGUGGCCUUCCGAGGCGUGUGGCAGAAGCAGUUCCUCUUCACCGACACCCAGAACCUUCCCUUCACCCUGUCGGACGGCAGUGCGGUCAAGGUGCCCAUGAUGUACCAGGCCACCGAGGUCAACUUUGGUCAGUUCCGCACCGUGGCCGAGCAGCGCUACACGGUUCUGGAGCUGCCGUACCUGGGCCGUGCUCUCAGCCUGCUGGUGGCGCUGCCCAGCGACAGGAAGAGCCCGCUGUCCUCCCUGGAGAGCCACAUCACAGCCCGCAGCGUCGCCGCCUGGGACACGGGCCUCCGCAGGACCAAAAUGGACGUCUUCCUGCCCAGGUUCAGAAUGCAAAACAGGUUCAACCUGCGCUCUGUGCUUCCCUCCAUGGGGAUCAGCGACGCUUUCAACCCCCUGGCAGCAGACUUCAGUGGGAUGGCAGUUGAAGAGGGUCUCUACGUGUCGGAUGCGUUCCACGAGGUCAGGAUAGAGGUUACUGAGGACGGGACUAAGGCUUCUGCAGUGACUGCCAUGGUGCUGCUCAAACGCUCUCGUGCUGCUGUCUUCAAAGCCGACCGGCCAUUCUUCUUCCUGCUGCGACAAGUCAGCACAGGAUCCAUCUUGUUCAUGGGACGUGUUGUAAAUCCUGCUGAUCAGGCACCCUAGGACCCAGGACUGUCACCAUACUCUGAAACUUCCCUCAAGCUCUCUCUCUCGCGCUCUCACACGCACCCCCUGACCUGCCUGAACCCACUACCAGUAUUUAUUGGGGACCAACAGGAGGGUACACAGACACUUCAGGAAGAAGGACAUUAUUUUUUGUACAUAUCUGUAAAUAAAUCUUUUUUAAUACAUCUGUUGUUUUUACACCUUAAGUGUUUUGGUCAUUUAUU